AUGCUGCUUCUACUAUUGUUUUUUAUUUUGCUUUUUGCAGGUGAUUCUGAGGCUUUAGCUCCAACUUAUGGAGUACCGGAUGUCUAUUUGGAAAAAUUUGCUUCAAUUAAACCUAAAGAUACGUUUAAGUGUCUAAAUGCUAAUGUUUCAAUAUUUGGAUACCAAGUCAAUGAUGAUUAUUGUGACUGUCCUGAUGGAAGUGAUGAACCUGGAACUUCUGCUUGUACUAGCCAAGAAAAUAUAAUAAAAUUUCCUUCCGAUUGGAAAUUUAGGUGCAAGAAUGAAGGUUUUCGAUUACAAGAGGUACCACAUAACCGAGUAAAUGAUGGAAUAUGCGAUUGUUGUGAUGGUUCUGAUGAAUAUUCUGGAGUUAAAGAUUGUCCAAAUGUUUGUGCUGAGGUUCAAGAAAAUGAAGAAAAGAGACUUAUGGAGGCAGAAAAAAUACGAACUGCAGGAAUUCUUGAAAAAAUGAAAAUGAUUGAAAAAGCAAAGAUAUUUCGUGAGAAAAGUAAGGUUGAAUUUGAAAAUGGUUUACCAGAAAUUGAGAAAUUGAAUAAAUCAGUUGAAGAAAUCUCCGUAAAACUUUUGCCUUUAGAAGAAAAAGAAAAGGAAGAAAAGAAACGUUUACUUGAAGCAUAUAAUGUUGCUUUUGAAAAAUGGAAAAAAGAAAAAGAAGAAGAAAAAGAAAAGGAAAAGGAACUUAAAGGAAAUAAAACAUCUUAUUCUUCUUUUUCUUGUAUAAAAUGGCAUAGUACAAAAAAUUGUGAUACUGAGGAACCAAUGGACGAAGAUAGAGAAUGUGAUGAUGAUAUUCAUCCCCAAAUGGAAGGAUAUUGUGAAUGUCUUGAUGAGGAAGCAAAUACAACUGUUCGUUUUGAAAGAAGUUGUGAUGACCAUGAAUUUGAUUGUAACUCAGUUUGUAAAAAUGAAACUAAGGAUGAAGAAGGUUCUUCAGUUGAACACUUUGACAUGGAUGAUGGAUCCAGUUUUGAGUUACCUGAAGCGCGGGAAUUACGUUCUGAAUUGGAAAAAUCUCGUGAUAUGUUAAAUAAACUUAACUUAACAGUAGAAUCUUUGCGGGAACUAUUGAGUAGAAAUAUCACUACAGGAGAUUUAAUUAAGACUCUUGAGGAUGAGUGUUUUACGAUUGACUUUAUGUCAUAUACGUAUGAAAUGUGUCCUUUUAAGGAUGUUCACCAAUACGAUAAGGGUUCAAAAAGCGGUCCCAAUAUGGGAAGAUGGGGUCGAUUUGGCGAGAAUACUUAUUCCCUUUGGUUAAGUACAAGUGAUUAUACACACAUGAUAUUUGACAAUGGUGACCGGUGUUGGAAUGGUGUUCAUCGCACUACUGACGUUCAUGUGGUUUGUGGUCCAGAGAACAAGUUAAUGCAAGUUGAGGAACCUUCCAUGUGUAAGUAUUCUAUGGUUUUUCAGUCUCCUGCCGUUUGUGAAUAA